AUGAAGUACAUUUUUGUUACUGGGGGAAGCUUCUCUGGAAUUGGAAAGGGCAUAUUGUCGUCCUCAAUUGGGGCAAUACUGCAGUCAUAUGGCUACACAGUAACAUUCUUGAAAGUGGAUCCAUAUCUUAACUACAAUGCAGGAAGACUUGAGCCAAGUGAGCACGGAGAGACGUUUGUAUUGGCAGACGGAACAGAGGCAGAUUUGGAUUUAGGAAACUAUCAGAGAUUCUGCAAUCUUAUUCUUGAUGCGUCUAAUACGCUAACUUCGGGAAAGAUUCUUUUUGAUAUCAUAACAAAUGAGAAGUCUGGAUCUUAUAAUGGCAAAACACUGAGGUUUUGUACGGAUUUUAAUGACUAUAUCUCAAAGAGGCUGCAGUUUCUUCAGGAGAAGCCAGUGUGCACAAUUAUCAAUCAAAGGAAGGUGUUUAAAAGACCCGAUUUUAUCAUAGUUGAGCUUGGAGGCACUAUUGGUGACGACGAAGCGUUUUUCCUGAUCAAAGGGUUUUCAAGAUACUUUGGAAAUAUUGACAAGAACGAUAAAUGCUUUGUAACACUGGAUUACAUGAUUGAAAUUGGCGAUAUUGUUAAGACAAAGCUGCUACAAAACACACUAAACAAUCUAAAAAGCUUUGGAAUCACCAAUGAUAUUAUGAUCUACAGGGGAAAUAAAGAGAUGGGCGACGUGUAUCUUGGAAAAGUGUCUGAGAACUGCGGGAUCAAAAAGGAGCACAUUAUAUGGUCCAGAGACUGCACAAAUCAGUACGAUAUCCCACAGGCUUUAUUGGAACAAGGCCUUUAUACCUCCAUUAAGGAGCUGCUCUGUCUUGAGGAUCGUAAGCAGUCGUUUUAUCUAGAUCAAAAAUUUGGUAUUUUUACAAAAAUUUACGGAAAAUCCAAAAAAAUCGGAAUUAUUUCACGAUAUUUCACAAACGACCAGCCAUACACCAGUCUUGAAGAUGCCGUUGUAAGUGCAGGAAAGCACUUUGGCCAUGAUAUUGAAAUUGUAACAAUCAACUAUCUCAAGCUGGCCAACAAUGACAGUGACACAUUCGACUUAUUGAAAAGCGUCAAUGGAAUCAUAAUUCCAGGGGGCUUUGGAGACUUGAAUGUUGAAACUAAAGUCAUGGUUGCUCAUUAUGCCAGAAUGAACAAUAUUCCAUUCCUGGGAAUCUGUCUUGGAUUCCAAAUAAUGGUUAUUGAGUUUGCGAGAAACCUGUUAGAAUUCUCAGACGCCUACGUCUGA